AUGCCUGGCUCAAUCAAAUCUAUCAAGCGCAAGCCUACAGCCAAGUCGGCUGCCAAACGCAUCGGUCGAAUGUUCAAGCGUACAAACAGCGAAGACCCUGAGAUGACCGCUGCUAUGGACACUGGCUCUCCCAAAGCCUCCUUCGAUGCACCACGGCCUUCCACAUCUUCUCGGUUCUCCAUAAGCUCGCGUAUGACCUCAAGAGACGACGCUGAAGCAACCCCCCGAGGAUCCAAGGAUCAGUCUCGAAUCUUUGCAUCGUGGUCUGAUCCUACUACGCCCAAGAAAGAAAAGGGACCUGAAAUAAUGGCUCCGCCACCUCUGGUUUCUGCCUACUCUGAGCCUAUACUCGAACAUGUCAAACCACUCGAGCCUAUUAUGCCAGUUGAGCCAACUGAGACGCUCCAGACUGAAGGAUAUCCCUUUCCUGCACCUCCGCAGAAUAGUAAAGAGACGAUCGACAACGUUCCCGAGAAGCAGACCGAGCCUCCGCGGCGGCCGGAGAACCCCAAUAAGAAGUUUGAGGAACAACCCACUACGACGCCUGCUCCCUCACAGGCGACUCGACCUUUGCCAUCUCCGCCCGUAACAAAACCUGUGAUGUACGAGCCCGAGUCCCCGAUUCUUCCGGCAGUAUCCAAAGAGGAGCCUAAGCAGAAGCCUAGUCCCACCCCUACAGAUGAAUCAAAGAUCAUCUCCGAGGCAAAAUUUAAACACGAACAAGAGAAUAUUGCUCGAACUAAUCCGGCUGCUGAAAUCAGACCCAAGGCCGAGCCAGCCGAGCAGCGAGAUGUCCUACCUCCGAAGAAGAGACGUACCUCAAAGCCCCCGGCUCUCCCAGUACAGGUUCCAGAGUCAAGCACCACUCGUGCCAAGAAGACUUCGAUGCCUCGGCCCACGGUAGAAGAUGAGCCGGAACCUGUGAAGUCAGUCGAAGCACGUAAAGAACAUCCCAGGAAAGAUCACAAGACUGGCCCAAAGACUGCACCCAAGACAGAAUUAAGAAACCUGUCGUCAAAGCCCCUAAAGAAAGAAACAAAGGCAAAGGCUCAGCUCCCAGUCAUUUCAGAGCAAGUCCCCGCCUCUAUUGUACCUGAGGCCAUUCGCAAGCACGCAGAACUGAAGAGUGUUCCCAAAGCUGCAGCUACACCAAUCAUCCCACCUGCGGCCAAGAUAUCUUCCAUCCCAGCACCGGCUCCUUCAUCUGUCCCAAAAGCAGCAACUUACACUGCAAAACAUUCUUUCGCCCCCAGCAUAUCAUUCCAACCCUCACGAAUAGUGUACUACCCUGGCACUGCCCCAGCUCCCAAGACAGCUCGUCCUCCUAUUACUGCACGAGCCCCGGUCAUUGCCUCGAGGCCUGAAGUAGUCGUUUCUAUGCUCACUCGUGCAGCUCCCAAGUCUGCGCCAGCUCCAAGCAUUGCUUCGACUCCAGUUCGGGCUCAUUCUCCGUUGACCUCGUGGAUCAUGUCAUCUGCAUAG